CCGUCUCCCCGCGUUUCGCUCGCCCGUAACCCCACAGAGGUGCCUGCCAGCUGAGGCCUCCGGGCAAGCCCGAGCCCGCCCCAAAAGCGGAGGGCACAGCUCGGCGGCUCCCCGGCUCCGUCAUUUCGCCUCCCAGACACAUGUGACGUCGCGUCGCCCCUGGAACGCGCCAGGCCAGGUUCUCCGGGCGGCUGUUCCCUCUAGCGACCGCCCCAGCCAGCGGCCUCUUUCGGAGGCGUCCGCCUGCCGCUCCCUUCCUCCGCUCAGAGCAGCCGCCGCCGCUCCUCCCCCGGCUCAGCCUCAGCCUCCCCCCCCACCGCACUCGGCCGCCCGCUCGCUCCCGCGGCGCAGAGACCCAGACCCGGAGCGCGCACGUUGCCGCCGCGGCUCCCUGCAGCUGCUUGGCCCGCUCGGCUCGGCCAGGCCCGCUUCCCCGCCCGUGGAUCUUUCCGGCUCGCCUUCCCUCUCGGUCUGCCCGCCUGCGAGGAAGGCAGGAAAAGCGGCGGCGGGGAGGGGCCGCAGCGCCCCGCAAGGACCGGCUCCGACCCUGCUUGAGCUCGCGCUUCCCGGACCAAGCGAUCUCCCUCCCCCCCUCCCCAGCGUCACCCCUCUCCGGAUCCCACAGCAGAAAAUGAUGCAUCCUGUUGCCAGUAGCAACUCCCCUUUCUGCGGGACUGGAAAAACAUCUUGCCUUAAUGAUGACAAUGGGACACCCACCGAUCAGUUUGAUUUAUAUUCCGCACAGCAAACCAAGUAUAGCCACACAGUCGGGCACAAGCCAAUACCAUGCCAGAGACAAGAUGCAUUAAAUGAACCACAUUUGCAGACCACAAGUAGCAGAAAUUUAGAGGCGAAAGAUGAACUAAAAAAAAAGAAAAAUCUCAACAGAUCUGGAAAACGUGGAAGGCCUUCGGGGACAACAAAAUCAGCGGGGUACAGAACGAGCACAGGUAGACCACUCGGGACCACCAAAGCAGCUGGAUUUAAGACAAGUCCAGGUAGACCCUUGGGCACAACUAAAGCUGCAGGUUACAAAGUCAGCCCAGGGAGACCUCCUGGCAGCAUUAAAGCUCUAUCACGGCUUCCAAAUCUAAGUUAUACUUGUAGCACUGCAGCUUUUCCUUACUCUGUGGUGCAUAACAGAGGAGUACAUGCUACUGGUGAAACAAGUAGCAAAAUCAAACAACCCACUGAAUAAUAUGUAUAGGUUGAUAAAUAUUUCUUCAGUAAUCAUUUUUAAAUUAUCUGAGUUGUGGCAUGUUUUUUCACUUCUUUUGUAACUUUUUUCACAACUUCCUUUCUUAUUUUUUUUAAAGGUAGCAUAUCAUAACCAUAUAAUGUUUCUUUGUUUACAAGUGGAAUCUUCAGUGAUGCACUUGUGUAUUUUCAAAAAGUAAUUGCAAAUAUUCUGAGUGACAAAAAUUAUUGCCUAGUCAUUUUAGUUGAGGAGCUGUUAAUUCAAAUAGCAGAUUUCCAGCUCCCUGAUUUUUGAAGAUCACAACAGAGACUUGAUUAAAACACAUCAGAAUAGACUAAUAGAAACCAAUCAUUCAGGAUUGUCUUAUAAGUAACAGUAGUUCUAUAAAUUUUGCAAUGUAUAUGAUUCUUUUUUUCUUUUCUUCUUUAAAUAGGAAUGAGUAGAAAUGAAUUUUUUCCACAAUUGCUGGAAUUUAACACGGACCUCAGAACUUGUAGAUAUGUCAAAACUUCGAAGCUAUAUUUUUAGGAAGUUAUCAUUCCAGGCAGCCAUUCAUUGAAGUGCUAUCAGUUACAAGUAAUUCAAAUACUUUGUUAAAGAAAUAGUUUGUAUGCAGCACCUGAUCUAUAAUCUAAGUGCUACUUUUCCAUUACAGUAUGGAAUCUCUCUCUUGGAAGUGCUAACUAUUGCACACUGAGUUACGGUUUAUAAAGCCUAAGACUAUACACACCAAAUUAUAAAUAAUGAAAUAUCAGAAUUUUUUAUGAAUCUUAAAAGUGCUAUCAAAUAUGCAUUUAAUGGGCAUAAUGAAGGUUAUCUCUGAGAUUUUAUUCCCUUAUUAGUCCAAUUAAUUUGAGUGAUAUAUAGCAUAAGCGAAGUUUUAGAAUUGCCCUGUAUUUUUCAAAAUCUGUCCGGAAACAUACAAGUUCAAAAUGACUUUAAUAUCUGCAUAGCUGGCAGCCUUUUUUUAAAAAGAAAUUUUUUUUUUAGUAUAAUUGAAAAUUAUACUUUUCAGAUAUGUGAUCUUCCCAUUUUUAAAAUAAUUUUAUCAGUAUAAAACUUCUGGAGCUAACUGAGCAUAUAUUUACCAAAGGAAGACAUUUCAUGGUUCAUAAUUGGAAAUGGUACAGAUGAUGCACAAGCAAGUUGUGAUUUGAUGUGUUUAUAGACACCCAGAUAUAUAACAGACUUUAGGAAUAUAUCUAUGCAUGGAGGUGCAGAAUGAUAAAUAAAAUUUCUGAUUUUUGUGCACCUAAAAUAAAUGUUCUGCUUUGAGCUGGGUAUGUGUUAUUAUUUUUAAGAUUGUAUAUGAGUGUGUACGUAUGUAUGUAUGAGAGAAAAAGGGGGAAAGACAGAAAAAGAUAGACUGUAUCUACAGUAUUACACAAAUUGCAUUAUAAUUGACCAGAAAACACUCAAUAUUAAAUAGAUUUCAUAAUUGUUAUUCCAAAACUAAGUUUACAUUUAGUUAAUUCUUAAAUAUUUUAUCUUCAGAUUCACUUGAGAGAGGUUGUAAAUAUUUGCAACUUUCAUUUGGAAUAGACCUCUUUCGCAUUACAUACAAGUGAAAAUUAACAGUAUUGAAUUUUUUCUUUGUAAGAUCAAGGUUGUAGUCUGCUGACGUUUUGAUGACAGCUCAGAUUCCAGUAAUGACAACUUAAGAAAUGGGUGUCAUUUCAUGCCUUUUUGAUCAGGAAAAAAGCAGCAAGCCUUCAGGUGUUCCAGUGAUGCCUAACUCAUAAUUAGCUGGACUUUAUCCUAUAUUUUAUAACAGAGUAUUGAAUUGCUUUGAGGGUACUUUGUACGCACUGGCAACCAUGAACCUCAACAGUACUGGAAGGCUUUUUAGUCAUGUAAACUAAGGCAGCUAAACUGCUACUAAAUUGUUUUGUCUUAUUUUUGCUCAAGCUAUGUUUCCUUGAGAAACUUUGGAAUUAUCAGUUUUUUACUUUUUUCACAGAGGUGCAACUUUCGAUACACAGUGCUUAUGUGA